UAAGUUUUGGAUUUUUUGAUUUAUAAAAGAAAAUAGGGGAAAAUGGAAAUGGAUAUACCCAAUUCGGCUGAUCAAAAUAUAUUGCCUCUAACCACCUUUCAAUCGGAUGAUCUGUUGGAAAAGUUGAAAUUUCUUAAUUAUGAAAAGAAUUUAUUGAGCGAGCUUAAAAUGAAACCAUUGUCUAGAUUUUAUUUUGUUAAAUCCACAAAUCCGGGAGAACAAUUUUACAUGUUCACAUUGAUAUGUUGGUGGUUGUGCCAAAAAUUGGGUAAAAAUAUGCAACGGCCUCAGGAGUAUGAUGAUCCAAAUGAUGUUAUUGCCCGCAUUGUUGCUAUACUAGAGGAAAUUGAUGUCGAUGUGGAUUUUACCCCCAACAAACUUAUACGUGGUGCUGGCCCAAAUUGUAUUUUUGUCCUCGAUUCUUUGGCCACACAGGCAAUUAAAGUGAUGAAAGUCUCUUGCCAACGUCUACACAUAACCCAGGAGGAUGAAAUAGCCAAUGACUAUUUGGAAGACAAUGCCGAAAUCAUAUUGGAGCGCAUUGAGGAUGAACAAAAUGAGGCCAUCAGUGAUGAUGAUAACAGUGAAUUGGACUUGAACCAGAAUUCAUUAAGGCAAUGGGGUCAGCGUAAGCGAAAUCACCAUAAUCAUCAUCAGCAUCAGCUGAUGUCGGAAAAUGAAGGAAAUAGUCUUCAGGUGACUGACAAACUCACUGAUCAACAGACUUGGCGUUUGGAAUUUGAACAAGUAAUGCCACAUUUGAAGGUGUAUGUGCGAAGUGAUGUGCGUGAUUGGAGGGCCCACAUGAAUCAAAUGGAGGCAUUGAAAACUACCAUAACAGAGGCUACCGAGAGCACCCAGCUGGAACUGAAAAAGCUUCACAAUGAAUUUACAUUUUCCCUGGAGAAAAUUGAGAGUCGCGAAAAACACUUGAACAACGAACUGCACAAUUUGGUCAUUCAAUAUAAGGAUGUCUCAAUUGAAUUGUCCAAUAUUCAAUAUGCUCAUAAUCAGGUUCUGGAAGAAACCGAACGCUCGGUGGAACAACUUAAGGCUGUGAUUGCCGAAAAUGAUAAUAAAAAGGCUGAAAUGGAAAGACGAGGUCAAAUGAUGUCCGAUAGCAGUUUUGUCAUGACUAUCAAAAAAGCAGUUGCCAAACUCAAAGAUGAUGUGGCCCAUUUAAAUUUGGAGGUGUCAUUGCUGGUAAAUGGAAUUGAUCGUGAAAUUUUAAAGAGAACCGGACCAUCUGUGGAAAUAGAAAAAUUCUAGGAAAGCCAAACCCAUACAAUUCCCACCCAAAUAGACAUGAAAACACUUUCGCAGAAAAAACACACAAAGUCACCCUCAAAUGGAACGCUGGUGGUAUACAAGACACCUUAUCACCCACUAUCACCACCAAUGUUAAGUACCAAUUUGCGCGCUCGGUACAUUUCCCACACACCCAAAAAAAUUCCAAUUAAUUAUCAUAUCUGUCUUGAAAGGAAGGCAGGAAUUCAAUGCUGUUUGUCUUGGAAAUGCCACAAAAACAGGGCUCAUCUUACCCAAUAUGGGAACAAGAAGCUGGUGUCCUCUAAGAAAUGAUAAGGGGUGCUAAUUUUUAGAGUGACAUAAUAAGAAUAAAUGAAGCUACGCAAAGCCGUUGGAGUUAGUGUCUAAGAAGGAAAUCAAGCAAACUAUGGACAAACUAGGCCUGAAAACACUGAGAAAAUUAUGUAGAGUUUCAUAUUGCAAAGGUUUCCAUUCCUUUAUGGACCUGAGUUAUAUCUAUGGAAUAAAGUGUUAUAUUAACUA